AAGAUAAUAUACUAGACUACUCACAUGGGCAUCGACUGGAAUCCACGUCUGGAUGGCACCAAUCGUCCUCGUCGUCUUCGAGGGAACUUGUCGGCUUCACGCGUCGGCUCGUCGGGUACACUCGUCGGCUCGUCGGGUACACUUGUCAGCUCGUCCACGUCACGAAAUGGCACUAUACAUGUACUUCUGGGAAUACACUUCCAGGCAAACACAUACUUAAACACACAGUCACCGGCUUACAUACACAGUCACAGACUCACUUAUAUCUUCUGGGAAUGGCCUUCCAGGUAAAUACGUGUUGAACGCACAUAAAAUACAAUAUAAUACAAUACACACAGGCUCACAGCUAGACACUGGCUUACAUACACAGGCUAAACCCCCUGGAACUACUUACGUACUCAGGGUUACACGCACAGGUUCACAAUUACAGGCUCACAGUUACCGACACACAUAUACAAUACAAUACCAUAUAAUACAAUAUAAACUAUACGCAGGCUCACUAUUUCACACACAAUACUCACAUAGGGACAUAGGCACAUAAACACAUCUACUCACCUCAACGACCCGUGCACAAGAGACCGUACAAACUCGUGCUGCCCAGCAUGCACUAUAUCGAUUUGUCGCUGGUUCCCAGUCACGAGGUAUGUGCGCGUUUUGUAGGCCGGGCACCGGCACAACACUAUUUUUAUUAAGAUAGGGUUUUGGUUAGGGUUAUCCAUAUUUUUAUUAAGAUAGGGUUUUGGUUAGGGUUAUGAGUAUUUGGGUAUUUUGAGCGUAGAACCUCUAGUCAAUAUAAAUUGCCGCCUUAGAGUCUUUUGAUGAUUUUUGCUUUGGCAGACUCUUGGCGUCAAUAGUCCACUCUAUCUUUUUAAUAGCGAGAGUUCCGACACGAAUUUCGGUCGCAUCACUCCUGAAUUUAAAUACACACAUAUUUGUGACUAUUAUGAAAGAACGUUGCAUAAAUAGUAUAUAUUGAGCAAAAUAUAUUGAAAUUUACCUGUUAAUAAACUAUAUUUCGAGUUUGUUUCAUCCAAUAUAAAUCCUUGUAUAGUAAAGGGUUCAUGUUAUCUCCCUUGAACUGGAGGUUAAAUUCAACUAUGUUUGUAACUGAGUUUGAACACAAAAAUUAAGUGUGCAAUAUGCGCAAAACAGUAAGAAAUGAAAUUGGAAAUAGUAAGAAGAUGAAGCAAAAAAAGAAUUAUAACUAUUAUAACUCAAAAUAUUAGAAUCGACAGUAACGAAAUACCCCAAAAGUAAUAGGUACGAAAUAGCUAUGGUACGAAAUAACAACAACGACAACAAUGCCAAAAUGGCUGCCUUUGAGAAAAUGAUCGCUCAAUGUCUAUGAUUUUAAAUGAAAUACAGGUAAUGCUAGUAGAAAAAGUGCAGCAGUAAUGCCAUUGGACUGGAAGGGUGAUAUCGGCUACAUUACAACUCCCAGUCAACAACAAAGGCCUCAAAAAGUAAAGGCCACAUUGGCCAGUAUUCCAGUAGGCACUGAAGACAUUGAAGCAUUCCAUUCUUCUCAAUCCUUGAACCCAGAGUGGCCAGGCGGCAGUGUACCCCAGGGGGCGUGCACCCAGCAGCCAGCAGACCUGCAGUCCUAUGGUCCUGUUUAUAAAUCAGGCGCCACAGCCACUAAUGUCAGCAUGGCUCAGAGACAAGGGCAGCAACCAGGUCCCCCCAGUGUGUUACCCCCUUUGCCACCUCUGUUAAGACAUGGAGCCCCAACCCCAGGGCCUAAUAUGACACUACACCCCAGACCUAGGAUGACACCACACCCUGUACCUGGAAUGACAGACCCUUCUGCUAAUACUCUGAAUGCCUUCCACCAAUAUGUCCAGCAUCAAAAACAGCAGCAGACACAGCAAAUCAGCCAACAGCAACAACAGUAUAGUUAUCCAUCACUGCAGCCACCUCCCUACAAUUUCCAUCAAAAUGCUCAGCAACAGCAGCAUCAGCAUCAACUGAACCUUCAGCAACGCCUUCAGCCACAGAAUUCGCAGGAGCAACAGCGCUUACAGCAACAACAACCUCGCUUUACAUCUGUCCCAAAUCAGGGGAUUACACAAAUGCAGCCUGGAGGCAGGUAUCGGGUUCCGGAACAGUCUUCCGGUCAUUACAAUCAAUAUGGACUCCCUCCUGCACGGUCAGAUGCGGGCGUAACUAUGCAGAGGCCAGGGCUUUUGGCCCGAACUGAUCCUUUAGUGGUCUCGCAGGCAAAUCUUCACUCAACACCUGUGAUAUCGCAGACAAAUGUUUACCAACGAACACUCUCAACGCCUGCAAUAUCGCAGGCAACUAUUUACCAACGAACAUCCUCAAUGCCGCCUUCAAGCUCAGACCCAAGGAGUAGACUUUUAUAUCCUGGUGAGUCACAUUCCCUGCCCCAAACUGCAACACCAUACCAGUACCAUGUACAAAUACCAUCAAGGGAUGAUUAUUCAUUCUCUAUAAAUAACCUUCAUAAUUUAAUCUCAGCAAAUCAGGGCAAUCUACAGGUGCCUCCAAUGGGGCAAAAGUCAAUGAAUUACCCUAGAACCCAGUUGUCAACAAUGCCUGCCCCACCUCCUGCUCAUCAGCAAAAGCCUGACCAGUACAGAUUUCCAAAUCCAGUAGUACAUGCUGGGAAUUCAAACAGCACUGUCAGGAAUGAAAAUGCACAGCGGGAGAAAGUUUCUUCUCUUGGACCUGUUCACACAGCAGCAAACUAUUCACCCUCCAGUACUUCAAGCCAAAGUUCUUUACUUGUGAAUAUGUUAUUUGGCAAAUCUGCUCAUCAGCUUUUACCUAGUGAGAUCAAUUCACACAUGUCUGGAAAUGUGAAUGAUGACCAUUUGAAUGAGCAGACAAAAUCAACUAACCAAUUGAUUCCAUCAGAUAUUCCUAUAGAAGCUGAUGACAGACUGUUAAUGGGACGCUGGUAUGCAUUGCCCUCAGAGAAUGAACACACUCAGAGGAUAUUAGAAAGCAGUUACAGGGAGAACAGAGGCGUUCUACUUAGAAGUGUUUCAGACUAUACUGGUCAAAUGUUUGAUCCUCUCUGUGUUAACCUUAGAGGUGAAACCUCUGUUUCCAGUGAAAACGCAUCAGUUCAUACAACGCCAACAUCACAAUUUUCUGGAAGUAUCAGUGAUAAAAGACGCUCUUUAGACUCUCAGAAUUGUGAAUUUGUGAAUCAGAAUGUGUCAAUUGAUGUUAAACCAGUUCUCUCAACACCAGAAACAGAAACAAUGAGUGGUCAUGUGUCAGAUGCGGGUAUUUUAAGCUCAAGCUCCACAAUUGUGGCAUCUGUCAUGCCACCGCCAUUGCCUUCAGUCCCCAGUGGACCUUCCAACACAUUUCAGGAACCUAAUAUUCCUCAGCGACCUGUCUCACCUCAGAGUUCACAAGAGCAGCAGUAUGAGUACCAGGAGCCACAAAUGGUUGCCGAGGUUCAGCAACCUCAGUAUGAGGCCAUGAAUGUCAACGAUCCAGUCUUUGAUGAACUUCAGAACGCAAGCCAGAUCUUAGAGGAACAAAAGCUUAGAGUUUUAAAUGAGUUGCAAUUUAGUCCAUUUGGAUCUCAAGAUGUUUUGUCAGAUUAUGAGUAUAUGACGAGUGAACCAAAUUUUAAUUCUAAUUUGACUCUUCUUAGUCAUUUGGCAUCAGAAUCUGAGGCAAAUGUUUUGAGAACUUCACCAUAUCCGGUUUUGCUUACGAGUAUUAACACCCUUUCCAUGACAGCCGGUAGUCCUGAAGCUAAUGUUGCAGCUGAUUCAAUGGCUGUUGAUGAUGAAUCCCUUGAACCAGAAGUUCCUACCAAUCAAUCAGUAAAUAGAGCAAGUGAUAUAACAGAUAUGGACCAAAAAGUUGUAAUAUUGUCCGUGACUACUCCACAUGUGCCAUUGCAAGUAGCCAGUUGUGAUUCUGAUGAAAGCAACUGCCCUGAAAUGCCUGUAGCAGCAAGUUCGGAAAUGGCAGAAGUUGACAUGACGUCAGAGGUUUUGGUUCCAAAACCAAGACCAAAUUUAGAUGAAUUUUCAACAGAUGACUGUUUUAAAGUGUUAUCAAUGGAAAGAGAAAAAAGGAAAAGCAUGAGCAGCCACUCAACUCUUCCAGCACCAAAGAGGGGUCGGGCUCAAGGUCCAAAAAGAGGGGUUGGAAGGCCCCCAAAGAGGAGAGUACCUCCAGCAUGGACAGUAAGGUGGGCCGAGCCCAAGACCCAGGAGCCAUCCCAUGUGAGAGGCAGAGGGCGAGGUCGUGGAAUUGGUGGAAGAGGAAGAAAAUCAGCAGAAACUAUUACUAGAGAGCAAUUACAUGAGGAUGAGUUCCCUAUGGAGACAACAAAAAUAUGUGUAACCUCAGAAACCACCUCUGGGGUGUCGUCUCCUGGCCUCGACAGCAACCUCCGUAGAAUCCUGGAUGCCAUUCAACGUGGGGACGAGGACCCUCUGUAUCUGAAGUCACAGAUGGACUCCUUGACUGAGGAAGAGUUGAAGAACCCCAUGACUGACACCAUCAAGGUGAUGCUGGAAUAUGUCAUAAAGUAUGCAAAGAAAGUGCAAUCAGAAAAUAAAGGAAUUGAUGCCAAUAAAGACCAUGUAGAGGAAUUGCCUGUAAGACAAAGAAAUGAAUUAAGGGUAACUGAAAGUAGUACAAGUGGAACUUCAAUAGGCCAAUCAAACCUUGAAACGCCUGUUUUAGCUAAAGAUAAAAAUGCUAAUGUUCAUGAUGCAAAUUCUGAAGCAAAUAACAAUGUUUCGGAGUCGUUGCAUGCAGAGUGCUUCAGUUUGUCAGAAAAGUCCGACAAACAACCAAGCCUAAAAAGAAAACUGUUAGCUGAGGAUAUGUGUUCAGCAAGUGAUUUGCAGUUAGCCAAAAAAGCUUGUCCAGAAAAAGUCGUACGUGUUUGCAUUCCUAAGCUAGAAAAUAUGGUAAAUAAGGAAAAGAAUGUUCAGGAACAGGGAGUUGCAAAUCACAAAGCUUUGCAGAAUGCUCAAAAGGCUGGACAAACUAAUACUGGCGAAAUAGUGACAGAUGAAACAAAGACAUGUGAGAAUAUUAUAAUAUCAGAUAUUGAGACUCAACAGGUCGCUUUUGCAACAAAUCUUGUGUCAUCAGAUAAAGAAAAGAAUUUAACAUCUCUAGAACAAGAUCAUUCUGUAGAAGGAACAGCUGGGAAACAAACAAGUGCAGUAAAUGAGGUUUCCACACUAUGCACUGUUAAUGAAAAAGAAGGAAUCAAGUCAGUAGUUGAUGUUAAGGAAGGAAAUUCCUGUCUGAAUGAAUUACACAAGGAACAAAUUGGUAGUACAGAGCUGAAAAGGAAGGAAUCAUCUAUAUCCUCCAUUGACACAAAUAUGCAAAGAGAUUCCAAGGCUGUAGUGAAGGAAAAAAUUAAAAAUAGCGCAGUUAGAGUUAAACCAAGCAAUGACAUUUAUGGUUGUAUUGGCACAAAAGUUGUAAAUAUUUCUGCCACACACAAAAUGACUUGGGUUAGAUUUCAUCAAAAAGUGGUAACAAAACUUAUUUCUCCAAGUGGAAAAUUUUUCAUUAUGUCCGAAAUACUAAGAAGAUGCUUUCGAAUAGAAGAACCUAACAAAAACAUCAAAAUUCAGAAUAUUUUGAUUCUAAAGAACAAAGAGUUGAAAAUACCAGACUUAAAUCUGGAGGAAACAUUUUAUGAAACUGUUGUGAAAAAUCUGAAAGAGCGCAAAGUGAUAAAAACAGUGCCAAAAACAUUUUCAGUUAUUUGUGAAGAAGAUGCAAAUAGGCUUUUUCACUAUGUGUGUGAUAAAAAAUACUGUGGAGAUGGCUGUGUAUUGCCAUGGUUGGGGUCAAAGAAACAAGCAACAAAAGAACAAUCUGGAAAUCAGAAAUUGCAGACAGGACUUAAAACUGAAAUUAAAACUCCAGAGAGAAAUAUUUUUAAGUCUCUUGAAAUGCACAAGGGACAGGAGGUGAUUGACCUGUGUUCUGAUGAGGAAGAUGGAUACAAAAGUGACACAACUAUUCCCUAUGUAGAUGGUGAAGCUGGUAACAGACUUGGCGAAUUUGAAAAACAAUCAAAUAUGAAAUCCCAAUCAAUGGAUAGUUCAGUUGCGUACGUAAGCAACAUUACUGAGUCUACAACCAAUGAAAAACAAGUAAUUAAACCAGGAAUUCAGAGCACAGUACAGUCAACAAACUGUUCAGAUACUGCAAAACAUGUCAAUAAUAAGGAAUUCAAUAAUGAUGCAGUUUCAAAAGAAACCAUUGAGAAGCAAGCUCAAGAAGUCUAUUUGAUCCCACUGGAAGAAAGGCAAACAGAAAAGGCUGUUAUUAUAAUAGAAAAUGAUGAAGGGGUCAUGGAAAAACAAAUUAAUAAUGAAGAAUUAAAGAAGGAUGCAAUUUUGAAAGAAAGCAUUGAGAAGCAAAACCAAGAAUUUUAUUUAAUCUCAUUGGAAGAAGAUGAAACAAGAAACUUUGUAACUAUAACACAAAAUGAUAACGGCAAGAAGAAAGCUGUAACAGCUUCAACAGAAGAUGAUAGACAGGGUCCUUUGAAUGUCCAAACAGAAAAUAAAAACAUAUAUGAUUUUCAAAGUGACAAUGUAAUAAUAGUAGAAGAUGACAUCCAUACUGAAGGCUGUCAACAACAGAUCAAUGAGGAUAUGAUACUACAAUCUUUACCCUGUGAUAUGCCCGAUGUUGUUAAUUCACCUGUGAAGAAAGCAGAUAAGGCUAAAACAGAAGAAGUGUGCCAAGUAGUUAUGGAGUCUGAUGAAAUUCCAUCAACAGCAUAUAUUCACAAAGAUGAUACAGUUGAUGCAAGUCCAUCAACAGCUUUGGGUCACACAGAUGAUACAGUUGAUACAAGUCCAUCAACAGCUUUGGGUCACAAAGAUGAUACAGUUGAUGCAAUGCCAUCAACAGCUUUGGGUCACACAGAUGAUACAGUUGAUACAAGUCCAUCAACAGCUUUGGGUCACACAAAUGAUACAGUUGAUACAAGUCCAACAACAGCUUAUGUUUACAAAGAUGAUACUGUUCAUACAAGUCCAUCAACAGCUUAUGUUAACAAAGUUGAUAUUGUUGAUUCAAUUUCAUCAACAGCUUAUGUUCACAAAGAUGAUACUGUUGAUUCAAUUUCAUCAACAGCUUAUGUUAACAAAGUUGAUAUUGUUGAUGCAAUUCCAUCAACAGCUUAUGUUAACAAAGAUGAUACGGUUGAUGGAAAGAAACAAAAUAAGCUGAAAACUGUUCCUAGAUUGCCCUCUAAUUUCAUAGCUUUUGCUCAGAGACAACUUCAGGAUUUGAUUCGUGUUGCAAAUGCUGACAAGAAAUCACAUGUGAAGAAAGAAAAUGCUUUUGAAGUGAAUCCAGAGAAUACAGACUCCAUCAGAAAUGAUUAUUGUUAUACUAGUGGCGAAGAGGAGAUUGUUUUAAUGGAUACCAAUAUUGAAGAUACAAUGAACAUAUCAUGUGUUUCUCAUGAAAAAGUGAAAGAUCCAGAUGUUAAAAGCAGAAUUGAUACCUAUAUUGAAGAUACAAUGAACAUAUCAUGUGUUUCUCAUGAAAAAGUGAAAGAUCCAGAUGUUGAAAGGAGAAUAUAUGAGGUAACUGAAAAUCAAGAUGUCAAUCAAAAUGUAGAAGUUAUUGAAAGUGCAGACUUGAUGGAAGAAAAUGCUGAUAGUACAGACCAGAUUGAAAGCACCACUUGUCAUGUACAUUUGGAAAAAAACUUUGACAGUCUUCGUAAGUUAGCACUUAAGGGUUUAGGUUUAGAUAUGGAGCAUUGUAUCAGAUAUGCAGAUGAUACACUUUUAAUUAAGCAUGUUAAUGCCAAUAAAGAGUUAAACUCAUCGGAACGUUUUGUGUGCUUUGGAAAGAAAACUCAUGACUCAAAUGCAAUGACGCUUAAUAAUGCUGGCAAAAAUAAAUCUGAAAUCAAUAGCAGGAAAUUAGAUGGUACCGAAAUGUCAGAUUCUGAAGGUUGUGAAGACAACAUUGAUUGUGAUAAGCAAGAUUACCUACAGGGUGCUUCGCAUGGAAAAGUGUUUAAUGAAAAGGUGGUGAUAGAAGAAAAAAAAGACAAGUGUAAUGUUAAAAGUUUAAAUUAUGCAGAUUACUACAUGUACCUGCCUGAACUGGAAAAUGUUAGUGACAGUGAGGUGGAAAAUGAACAAGACAAUCAUAUGAGCAUUUCAAUAGCAACUGAUGAAAUAUCUGAUUAUAUACAAAGAACAGAUAUAUCACCACUGUGUUCAAAAAAACAUGACACACUUGAAGUUGAAAAACUCAUAAAAAAUGGUUUUACCAUUGGGAACAUAAAUGAUGGAAGUGAUAUGUUUAUGCCAACAGAACCCCCCAAAAACACAGAGGUUUCCUCAUGUCUAAUUCAUGAUGCCAGUGAUGACACAGAUGAUGACCUAAUGUCAUAUAAAAGGCUAGAUCUCAGUUUGGAAAAGGAGAAUGGAAAGACUGUGUUCCGACUUGAUGCUAUAGCCAAACUUGAUUCUGCACAAGCACAACUUGACAAACUGAUCCAAGAAGCAAAUCGUGCAAGUGGAGAUGAAUUAGAGUCUGUGUAUAAAGAGGCUACACACUUUUCGAGGCCGAUGAGACACUGGACUGCUGUGAUUUUGGAGAAUACCAUGACAGCUGAUCUCUUUGCUGACAGAGGUAUGAUUUCAGCAGAGACUGCUCAGCUUUUAGAGAAGUCAGGACUCCUACCUACCAAAGUCUUCACCUAGAACGGCGACCAUAUAUAUUCUGGAAUGUCGGGCUUGGGCAUAUCAACGAUCAUAUGACACAUUUAGUUUCAACUAAAUGCAUAUAGGCCUCAGGGGUGUCAAUUUUCCGGAUUAUUCCGGAAAUCCGGAUUUGAGCCGUCCAGGGUUGAUUUUGAGGUGAAUGUAAAUCCGAUGAGUUUGUUUAAGGGGGGUGGGGGUAGGGACAAAAUUCUUUUAGUGCGGGAUCAUUUCAAAACGAAUAUUGUUAUAGCAUCGUCGGCAUUCCGGACAUUUGCGCUUGGUACCGAUUUUAUUUAUUGAUUUUUGAUUGGUAAGCGGCUGGCACUGACAUGAGCAGUAACUUACAAAGUAAAGCACUGCAAUAUCAUUUUAAAACAAUAUGUUAAUCAAAUUAUUUAUUGACUGCGUAUUUGCUAGGUUACUGGUUACUGGUUUACAUUUUCUGCAGUCAAACGAUAUGCAUAUUUAUUUCAUUUGCAAAUGAUGUAUCGGGACAUGUUUUCGGACAGUCGUUUUCGGAUACGGUAUGGUUUGUCGAUUUUAAUUUAAUUUUGAAGUUCUUAAUAUCAUUUGUUUAGAAUGACAAAUACACAUGCGGUGUUACGGAUGGUUUGGUUUAUAAUAUUUCGCAUUGUACUCACCAGAAAUUGCACCUAGAAAGACUAUAAGAAAAGAACAAUAAGCUAGGGCUCGGUGGGGGGGGCCUCUCUUCCCUUUAUCCUACGGCCUCAGACUCUCGGCUUAAUUUUCCGGAUUUCAAAUUUGGGACAAUUGACACCCCUGAGGCCUGUAUCAAUAUGUUCCUGAAAUGAAGGGGAUGUGAAAGAUUGAAAGGAAAUGAUAAUAACUGAAAGUUACUCAUAAAUGUUUCUGCCUUGCAAUUUUUAUUCUUGGAAAAUUGCUUUUGAACUUAAAUCUGUUGUACAGUAUUAUGUAUUUUUAGCUCAUAAGAGCAUUAUGUGCUCAUGGUGAGCUUUUGUUAUCACCUUUUGUUUGUCAUCCUUUGUGAGUCAUCUGUUAUGAAACAUUAACGUUGUGAACAUUCUUAAGGCAAAUUUUUUUGCCAGAUAUUCAUGAACUUUGUAAGAACAUUUGUCCCCAUUAAAUCUCAGCAUCAUUGGAUAUUGGGUUGUGUGGUGUAAAAAAAAAUGUGUUGAUUGGUAAAACUAAGCAAAAAGCUUUUACAAUGAUUGCAAAAACUGUGCAGUAUGUUUUUUCUAGAGUUAUCUUAGCUGAGUGCAAAAAAUAUUCUGGUGUGUGAAAAAAAGAAGGGCCAGGUUGUUAGGCAGUGUUCAUUUUAUUUCUAUAUUUAAACAAUGUGAACUCUCUAGACAUAGCAUUUUUUGCCAUUAAUCAUACCACUUGCUCGGAGCAUUAUUUUGAUCUAGUUGUUGCUUGUCUCUGUUCAAAAAUGGUUCUAGUCCAUUCAAAAACAUGGCCACUAGCGGGUGGGGCAAUUUACUUUAUUCGGCAAUAAUGAAACCCUGUAGUCAUUCUACAAGUCAUAUUUUCUUUCCAAUUAUCAUUUGUUCUAAAUGAUUUCUUAGCCAAGUUCUUAAAUGGUCCUGUUGCUUGAAAAUCAUGGUUGGCAGUUUGCAGGAAAGUUUUCCGUUUAUUGCUGUUUGGUGUAAUCUUUAAAACAACGCUCUAGAAAUCUUGUUAUUUGUCUGAUCAUAAUGAAAUUUGCUCUGGUCAUUUUUAGCUCGACUAUUAUAUAUGAAAUAUAUAUAGUGGUGCUAUCCUACUCAUCCUGGCGUCUGCGUGCAAAUGUUAAAGUUUUCGUACUACCCCAAAUAUUUUCUUUGUCCCUUGACAUAUUGCUUUCAUAUUUUGCCUACUUGUUAACCAAAAUGACCCCAACCUAUAAACAAGAGCAGACAACUCUAUCAAGCAUUUUGUCAUAAUUAUGGCCCCUUUUCCACUUAGAAUAUGCAGCAAAUGUUAAAGUUUGCGUACUACCCCAUUUAUUUUCAUUUUCCCUUGACAUAUUGCUUUUAUAUUUUGCAUACUUGUUAACCAACAUCACCCCAACCUAAUAAACAAGAGCAGACAACUCUAUCAAGCAUUUUGUUAUAAUUUAUUGCCCUUUUUAAGUCCCCCACUAUAGUAGUGGGGGACAUAUUGUUUUUGCCCUGUCUGUUGGUUGGUCUGUUGGUUGGUUGGUCUGUUGGUUGGUUUGCGCCAACUUUAACAUUUUGCAAUAACUUUUGCUAUAUUGAAGAUAGCAACUUCAUAUAUGGCAUGCAUGUGUAUCUCAUGAAGCUGCACAUUUUGAGUGGUGAAAGGUCAAGGCCAAGGUCAUCCUUCAAGGUAAGAGGUCAAAUAUAUGUGGCCAAAAUCGCUCAUUUUAUGAAUACUUUUGCAAUAUUGAAGAUAGCAACUUCAUAUUUGGCAUGCAUGUGUAUCUCAUGGAGCUGCACAUUUUGAGUGGUGAAAGGUCAAGGUCAAGGUCAUCCUUCAAGGUCAGCGGUCAAAUAUUUGUGGCCCAAAUCGCUUAUUUUAUGAAUACUUUUGCUAUAUUGAAGAUAGCAACUUGAUAUUUGGCAUGCAUGUGUAUCUCAUGGAGCUGCACAUUUUGAGUGGUGAAAGGUCAAGGUCAUCCUUCAAGGUCAAAUAUAUGGGUCAAAAUUGCUCAUGUAAUGUCACUUCUGCAAUAUUGAAGCUAGCAAUUUUAUAUUUGAAAUGCGUGUGUAUCUCAAGGAGCUGCACAUUUUGAGUGGUGAAGGGUCAAGGUCAUCCUUCAAGGUCAAACGUCAUAUAGGGGGACAUUGUGUUUCACAAACACAUCUUGUUAUACUUAGAAUAUGCAUAUUAUUGAUAAAUCUAUGUUAAAGUUUGCGUACUACCCCAAAUAUUUCCUAUAUGCUUUGACAUAUUGCUUUUAUAUGUUGCAUACUUGUUUACCAACAUGACCCCAACCUAUAAACAAGAGCAGACCACUGUAUCAAGCAUUGACAUAAUUAUGGUCCCUUUUACACUUAUUAGAUAUUUAUUAUUAUUAUAUCUAUAAUAUCAAUAAAUAUAUAUAUAUAUUGAUAUAUAUAAAUUAAUUAGAUAAUUAAAUAUUUUGCUUAAAUUGCCGUAACUUAUUUAUGAUCACAUUUUAUUAUUACUUUGACAAAA